AUGCCAGUGCCGUUUUGGGCGGGGGGCAGCAGCCACCGGCGGCUCGUGACGCGUGACUUUCUCUGCGCGGCACACCGUGUGCUGAGGCAGCGCGAUGACCCCGCUGACCCGCGCGGGUUUGUCACCUUCACCGACGCCUUGCCACUCGCUGAUUUCAUGAUGGAGCAGCUUGAGGAAAGCCGUCUGCUUGUGCCGUGGACACGGAAGAAUCCUGCGGAGACGUACGCGAGGUGGCUGCCGCUGCACCAGGACCCCUCAUCUCGUGAGUUCCCACAGCAGCGCCUUGGCGACAUCGUCUCGCUGGCCGCCUCGAAGAGCGGACCGACCUCUGCGCACGCCGCAACGUAUAUUGAGUCACUCGACUACAAGCGGCGCCAUUACCGUGCACUGUCUCCCCCAGACGGAGAGUAA